GAGCCUACAGAGCGAGUAUGAGCAGCUGAAGGAGCAGCAUGGCCAGCGAGGGGCCCCUGCUGGAGGCCCCUGGGAUUCAGACAGUUCUUUUACCCAUCCCAAUGAGGCCGAUCUUCUCGCUGAGGCCAAGCUGCUGCGGCAACACAAGGGCCGGCUGGAGGCCCGCAUGCACAUCCUGGAGGAACACAACAAACAGCUGGAGUCUCAGCUGCAGCGCCUCCGACAGCUCCUGCACCAGCCGGAUAUGGACUUGAGGGUAAAUGGAGUUUCCUCACCAACUGGGCAAGAACAAGGACCACUUACUGAAAACUCAGAUGAGCUGCCACACUCCCACAACAGCAGCUCCAACCUGGCAGAUGUAAUGGAGCAGAUUAACAGCUCCUUCCCUGCAUGCAGUCCCUCGAGCCUCUCCUCAAGACCACAGGUGAUGUGAGGAGAGUCCCAACAGAGCUCGGCGUCUGUUAGUGUGCAGACAUGUGAGUGUGCGCAGUAAGUGUCGGGAGGAGACCAUUCCCAAACAAACAAUCCCCCCUGACCCUAAAUCCCAAAGACGCACAGGACCAGACAACUUUACUACUUUUACCACCUUGUCUUGUACUAUGCAAACUGUACAUUUUAUGAACUGUAGAUUGUACCUGAACUUGGUUUAACAUUUGUCAGUGAUUUGUUUAGAUAUGCAGAUCAGAACAUGGACACGGGGCUUUGUAUAGUAAAAUAUGCUUUUUAUUUUUAUUUUCCUUCAGAGGGCAGUUUGAGAUUUGUGUUUCUUUCUCGUUGAUUUCUGCCCCGAAUGGGAAUCAAACUGUUACAUUUGUGUGUCAUUCCACUGCUUUGUACCCUCCAGCCCACAGUAGUAGUAGAAGGAGGUUUCCAUGUUUGGGAGCACGCACAGUUCCUAACUAAUAACAUCUAGUGGCUGAGAGGAUCAUUUUGAAGGCUGUGUCACCUACUCAAAGCAUCUGUUUUGUUUUUGAUCAUGUAGCAUGCUCAAUGUCAAGUUCCCCUUUAAAGCAUUGAUAUGCUGGCAGACUUUGUGUCAAAUUCGAUUUGUUCUGUAAACGUUACCCCUUCUGUGCCUAUACAGUUUGUCAUUCCAUGUGUGGAAGACAAAGAAAAGAUUUGAUGAAUCAAAGUGGGAUUGUGUAUAAAGAGAGAAAUUCUGGAGAAUAAAGAUUUAAAUCUAAGGUCGUUCUGUAAUUGGAUUUUUAAGAGGCCCACCGUCAUUAUGUAGAAUUUUUUUUUUUUUUUUUUAAAGAUAUAUGAUCAGAAAUCAGAGGAAAGCCAUGAUUGCCUUGCUACCUCAGACUCAUUGACACAGUUUUGUUUUUGUGGUUUGUUAACUUGUUUAAAACAUUGCAAUCAUUCACAGAACAAGAUCAACCUGGUUUUAGCAUUUUAAGCUUUAGCUUACUGUAUUGGUGUACACUGCAAGGAGGAGAAACCAAGUAUAAAAGUUGCUAUUACUGUACCAGAAUGGGUCUGUGGCCUGCUGAAGCUAGCCCCCCGUGAUGACGAGUAUUACGUUGUCUGUUGUUGGUUUUCCACUGGCCUUCUAGCACUGGUCCCUCACUGCGUUGUGUUGUUGUGCUAUAUGCUAUCCUGUAAAACUUGUGAGACUGAGCAACACUACUAUAACCUCCUCCGACUGUAGACUAAUGAUGAUGUUGGUGAUGAUUUUAAUGAUUCCAAUCAUGAUGAACCGUACCAUGGCAGAACUGUGUCGCUUCUCCUGAGGUAUGUAAAAUAGAUUGACCACACUACGUGUAAUAUGGCUACGUUUUAUUCUAAAUAAAUCUUUUAUAACAA